UCCCCCCCUCUGCCGCGCCUCCUCUCGCGUUCGCGAACCCCGACGAACUACGGAGGUCGGCGGCCAUGCUCGCGCUCGCCAACCUCUCGCCUUCCGCGUGGCCGAGAGUCGUCGCGGGCGCCGCCUCCUCGGCGCUCACCGCCGCCGUCUUCGCCCUCCUGGACGUCGUCGACGUGUUCCUCUGCUUCGUGUACGGCUUCCUCGACGGCGUCCUCGAGGACAGCCCCGUCAGCUGCUACUGCCACGGGAGGCACACAGCGGCGAUGGAGGACGACGAGGUUUCCGACACAUUGUACCUCCGGCGGAGCGCCUUCCGAGACGCGCUCAUGGGACUUGUCAGGGGUAGGAGCGGGUCGCCGGCGGAGACGGAGCGGCGCAAGGGGCGGAGCCCGAGGUGGUCGGACUGCGGCUGCGAGUCGUGCCGCGAAUGGCAGCGCCACCACGACGUCGACGGCCGGCUGCACUUCGUCGUGAACCGACCGGCGCCAAACGAUGGACCAGCGACGACGACGCGGAGUGAUCAAGACGACGCCAUCUUCAUCCACGGCUUCACGUCGUCGUCUUCCUUCUGGUCCGAGACCGUGUUCCAUGAAUCCUCCUCCGUCCUCAGCAACUGCAGAAUGUUCGCGGUUGAUCUCCUCGGCUUCGGCAAGAGUCCCAAGCCGGCAAACUGCAUGUACAGGCUGAAAGACCACGUCGAGAUGAUCGAACGGAGCCUCAUCGAUCCACUGAACCUGAGCUCCUUCCAUCUCGUCAGCCACUCGAUGGGCUGCAUCAUCGCCAUUGCAUUGGCCGCAAAGCACCCGGAACGAGUCAGAUCAAUCACACUGAUUGCACCGCCGUACUUUCCGGCGUGCGAAGAGAAGGCGAGCCAAGUGGCACUGAAGAGGCUGGCGGAGAAGAAGCUGUGGCCGCCAUUGCAGUUUGGGUCCGCAGUGAUGUCAUGGUACGAGCACAUUGGGAGGACCGUCUGCUUCUUGGUCUGCAAAAACCACCUGCUCUGGGAGCGCCUCUUCAAGCUCCUCACAGGAAAGAGGGACGUGGACUUCCUACUGGGUGACCUGACGAAGCACACGCACCACUCGGCGUGGCACACGAUGCACAACGUGAUCUGCGGCGGCGCGAGGCUGCAGGACGGGAACCUGGAGGCCGUCGAGGCGGGGGGCGUCCCGGUGCGGGUGAUCCACGGCGGCGACGACCAGGUGGUGCCGGUGGAGUGCAGCCGCCAGCUGAAGGCCAGGCUUCCCGGCGCGGAGCUCCGUGUCUUGGGUGGGUGCGACCAUAAGACGGUGGUUUUCGGCAGGGAGGAGUUCGCCCAGGAGCUCAGAGCCUUCUGGUCCGCCUCCCACUCCAACGAGCAACUUACUUCUGCACCACAGCGUGCAGGUUAACGGAUUUGAUUAACCUCGGUGUAUGAUUUUUUUUAUUUUGUUAGAGAAGUGUUUUUUUUUACCUUACUUUUAUGUCCAACUGGAUAUAUGCAAUAAUUUUAAAUUGAGAAUUUAGUCACGCAACCAACAUAAUCUGAAAUUUGCUCAUACGCAUAUAUAUGAACUCUUGACUUUAGUGUGUUACUUCACUGCAACCACUAAUGGACUAAGCGUCCAUUCACAAAUAAUAUCCACUCCAUUUUGUCAAUAGU